UCUCAACUCUCAGAGACUGUCAUUGAAGUGAAAGACAUUUGAUUUGGAUUUCAGACAAUGUUUGGUCUCAAAGCGAUUCCUCGCCUUCUGUUGCAAAGACGUGGCGCCCGAGUGGUGACGGCGUGUCGUGGUCUCAAUGUUCACGAACACGUGGCUAUGGAUGUGUUGCGGUCGGGGGGCGUGAAUGUGCCGCAGUUUGGAGUGGCGCGGACCGCCCAGGAGGCCAUGGAGGUCGCCCGCAAACUCUCCUCCAGUGACUACGUCGUGAAGGCGCAGGUGUUGGCCGGCGGCAGAGGUCGCGGACACUUCAGUUCGGGCCUCAAAGGCGGCGUCAAACUGGUCUACUCUAUCGAAGAGGUGCACGACAUCGCCCGUCAAAUGUUGGGCCACACUCUGGUGACGGCACAGACGGGAGAGAAGGGGAUCAAGUGCUCGGAAGUGAUGAUCGUCGAGAGAGUGUUUCCGCGACGCGAAUACUACUUCACGCUCAUGAUGGAGAGGGCCUUCAAUGGACCCGUGAUUAUCGCGUCAUCGCAGGGAGGAAUGGCCAUCGAGGACGUGGCCAGGGAUUCGCCCGAACUCAUCGUCACUCAGCCCAUCGACAUCGUGAAGGGCAUCGACCACGACAUCGCCUCUUCGGUGGUCAAGAAAUUGGGUUUCCAUCCGUCGAGUCACGAACAGGCCGUCGAUCUGAUCGUCAAACUGUACGAAGUGUUCAUCUCGAAGGACGCGCUCAUGAUUGAGAUCAACCCCAUGAUUGAGGACACGACGGGACAGGUGUUGUGUUUGGACGCCAAGUGUCGGUUCGACGACAACGCCGAGUUUCGACAGAAAGACAUCUUUGCGCGCAAAGACAUGACACAAGUGGACGAACGCGAGCUCACGGCCUCCAAGUAUAAUCUCAAUUACAUCCCUCUGGACGGCGACAUCGGGUGUCUGGUGAACGGCGCGGGACUCGCGAUGGCGACGAUGGAUAUAAUCAAACUGCACGGCGGAAAUCCGGCCAACUUUCUGGACGUGGGCGGCGGCGCCACCGCUCAACAGGUGACCGAAGCGUUUCGCUUGAUUUCCGCGGACUCCAAAGUGCAGGCGAUUUUGGUGAACAUUUUCGGCGGAAUCAUGCGAUGCGAUGUGAUUGCCGAAGGAGUGAUCGCCGCCGCCAAGACGUUGGCCCUCAAGAUCCCGAUUGUCAUCAGACUUCAAGGCACUCAAGUGGACGACGCGAAGACACUGAUAGCGGCCAGUGGUCUGCGGAUCCUCGCGUGCGACAACUUGGAAGAAGCGGCCAAAAUGGUGGUGAAGAUGUCUGCGAUCGUAGGUCUGGCCAGAUCUGCUUCGGUAGACGUGAACUUUGAGCUCCCGAUUUGAAUGCCUUGAUCUUUGAUACGAAUAGCGAUUUCUUAUGAAACGAAUCCAAAUAUUUUGUUGUCUUUUCUCUGUACAUAGAGAACACAAUUUAUUCACAAUUUGUUAAUUUAGUUCAUAACUAAUGACUAUUUAUUAUAUAAUUUUAAUGACAAAAGAGGAAUACAUUGUCAUCACGUAAUUGGUUCUCAAAAUAAUGUUAGCGAAGUGUCGGCUCAUUGGGCACUAUAUUAGUGUUGUUUUGAUUGCACUGAAACUCAAUCCAAAUUCAAAAAGUAUUUCGUUUAGUAAUGAA